AUGGGCGGCGGUGUAUCAUCUCUCCCGGCGGAGGUCUCACUUGCCGAGGCAAAAGAGCUGGCGGGCACCGAGUGGCAGCCCGCGUGGGAGGAGAAAUUCGCGGACGCCGAGGCCAAGAUCUCCAGGGACGAUGCGGUGCGGUGCUGGACGGAGGCCAAGGCAAAUGCGGACGGCCCGGCGAGCAAGGGCGCGGGGCCGCCGGACGAGAGGAAGAAGAAGUCCGCCACCGCGAUAGCGCGCUGGAAGAAGGGCGUCGCGAAGGUGGGCUGGAUCGCGCACGCGAAGGCGCGGGCGGCGGCCGUCGAGCGUGCUCAAAGGGCAGGCAUUUCGGAGCAGCUCUACAAAAAGCUCCACGGCGUCGACCGCUCCGGCGUGGCGGAGGCGCUGGAUCUUUCGGCCAUAAUUGCCGAGAAACGCGGGCAGCACCUAACUGGGACGCGCGAAUGGGUCUUCGAGGCGGUCAUGCGCUGGCGCACGGACCCGGAAGCGGCGAAGCUCUUCUGGCUCGUCGGCGGUGGUGGCACGGGCAAGAGUGUCGCGGCGGCCGAGUUGUUGGCGCGACUGCUCGACAAAGAAAACGUCGCGGCGUGGCACUUCUGCAAGCACACCGAGCCGGCGCGGUCCGCGCCAAUGGCGCUGCUGCGGUCGCUAGCCGGCAUGCUUUGCGCAACGGUCGAGGGUUUCGAAGACGCCCUGCGCGAGGGCGGCGGCAGCGACAACGCGACGGACAAGGUCGACGAGCUCUUCGAGGCUUUAGUAGCAAAACCGCUGCAAAACGUCGAGGCGCCGCGCGGCGCGGACGACGCUCUCGUAUUAAUUGUCGACGCGCUCGAUGAGCUACCGCGCGACGCUUUGCAGCCCGUGCUCUCUCUGCUCGCGAACGAGCUCAAGACGCUGCCGCCGUGGAUCAAACUUGUCGUGACAAGCCGCGACGAAGCUCAAAUUAAAGCGAGGCUCUCGUGCUUUACGCCGUCGGAGCUGCGCGUCGACGAGGCGCGGAACCGGCAGGACGUUCGCGCGUACCUGACGGUGCUCGCGAAGGAGCACGUCGAGCUCGAGGUAACCAUGGACUCGCUGCGGCACGAGGUUGAGGCGAAGUUCCCGGGCUUGAAGAAUCUCGACACGUUCGCGGAUCUUGAGGAUCCGCUGCGCCGGUCAAAGGGCGCGUACGACGAGGCGGUCCGCGGCGUUCCUGGGAUCCGCGAGCUCGAGAAGUAUGAAGAGCGACGUCUCGACUUGAUACAAGAUGAGACUGACUUCGACAAGCUCUAUGCCGACGCAUCACUGGCGCAGACAAUUUUGGUCGACGCGCUGAAGACGCUGCCGGGCGACGUGGCGGACCCAGGCGUCAAAGGGCGUGAAUCUGCGGAGCGCAAGCUCGCGGACAAAUACACCGACAAUGGUGUGCCACAUCCCGAGAAAUUCCGGGAUCUAGCCCGUGCGACGGUCGUGUUCGAGAGCGCUACUGACCUACUUAAGGUGUUGACUGAAUUGGACGGCGGCGGCCUCGGGCUGGAGAUCGCGCAAUUAAAAAACAAGUUCGCGAGCCCGACGCCCCUCGGCUACCGCGACAUGAAUUUGAACGUCAGCGUGCGCCUCGACGACGGCCGAAAACAUCUCGCCGAGGUCCAGCUGCAUUUAAAGAGCGUCCUGGACGCGAAGCACAUUGCCCACGAGCAGUACGAAGUCAUUAGACUGGCGCUACCGAAGAUGUGCGAGGGCACGAGCGUCAAGGCGACUGAGCUUGAGACGUUCAUCGCCGAGCGCCUCAACUCGUCGGCGCUCGACGCGGCUGUAACCUCGCUCGAACGAAAGGCCGGAGGACUGAUGCUCUACGCGCGCCUGAUUGCCGAGCAGCUCGCGUCCACGACGGGCAAGAUCGACUUUGCGAGCGUCGGCGCGCUGCCGGCGGGCCUCGACGAGAUCUACGCGGAGAACUUUCGACGCGUGUUUGUCGAUGAUGACGCGUGGGGCGAUGCGCUGCCGCUCAUUGAAUUAAUCUGCGUUGCUGCAGAGCCGUUGACGAUUGACGCUGCGAGCGGGGCGCUCGGCUGGGAUCGGGAUCGCUGCGAGCGUCUCUGCGCGGAAGUGUCGCUGCUGUUCCCGCUGCGCGAGGGCGACGUGAUCGGUGUAUUACAUAAGACCGUAACGGAUUGGCUAACCGGCGAGGCGCCGUUCGAUAAGCGUUCUUCUGAGGACGCGUUCUUCGUCUCGCGGGACGCGGCGCACCGGCGAAUGGCGCGGGCUUGUGCUCAAGCUAUUCGUGCUGGUGUUCUGGAUACAAAGUCGUAUUCGAGCGACGCGGCCGCAGAUGAGGUGCUCGCAUCGUUCGUGGAGGGCGACGGUGGCGUGGCGUCGGAUGCUUAUGCGUUGCGGUGGUGUUUGUUUCACAUGGAGCGGUCGAAUAACGAGAGCGAGGCCGUCGCGAUCGCCUGCAGUCUGUCGUACGUGCGGAAGCGGAGCGCUGGCGACAUCGUUUCCUUCGUGGCGGACUUGCGUGCUCUGAAGGGCCAGGAUACACUGCUGCUGACCGACUCCUUGGUGUUGUCGCGGAACCUGCUAUCACGGGGAGUGCCUCUCAUAGAGCAGUUGUGGCAGCGGCUGAUGCCGCGCGCCGAUGCGGAGUCGUCUCCAGCUGCACAACGCCUGGCCGAGGACGCAAAGCGUGCUGCGAGCAAGCUGCCGCUCUCGACCGUGUGGCCGAUGGGCCUGACCGCGGCGGGUGGGGCGGAGCGGUGUCGGAUCGAGGUCGGAUCUGAUGUUAGGAGCUUGGCGAUGUUCGUGGAUCCGGCGACGGGCGAGCCGCGGGUUGCUUGUGAGUCUAGAAGCGAGGUGUGCAUCUAUGAUCCGGUUGCGGGUGGCGCGGCGUUGGUCGUGAUUGAUGCCGGCGACGAGGUCUACGCGCUGGCGGUCUUCAAAGACCCGGCGACGGGCGAGUUGCGUCUGGCUUGUGGAUGUGAGGACGGAAAAGUGCGCGUCUUCGACCCGGUCGCCGGCGGCGAGGCACUGCUCGUGAUCGAUGUGGGUGGUGAGGUGAAAGCGCUGGUCGUAUUUGAGGAUCCGGCGACGGGCGCGCCGCGGCUCGCGUGCGGCACGGGGGGGCUUGAUGAGGACGGUGAUGAAGUUGCUGGGAAGGUGCUUGUCUUCGACCCGGUCGCUGGUGGCGAGGCGCUGGUCGUGAUCGACGUGGACGCUAACGUGCUGGUGGUCUUCGCGGCCCCGACCGCGGAAGAGGAAGAGGAAGAGGAGGAGUGCGAAGAGGAAGAGGAGGAAUGCGAAGAGGAAGAGGAGGAGUGCGAAGAGGAAGAGGAGGAGUACGAAGACAACGGCGACGACGAGGACGACGACGACGAGAACUCGCAUGCCGAGGACAACGAAGCGCUGCGGCUUGCGUGCGCGUCGGGAAAUAAGGUGUUUGUCUUCGACCCGGUCGUGGGCGGCGACGCGCUGUUCGUGCUAGAUAUUAGUUCUGCGCUGUUCGUGGGCGGUAGAGUGAGUGCGCUGGUGAUUUUCAAGGAACCAGCGACGGGCGCGCCGAGGCUCGCGUGUGGUUCUUGGAGGGGGGUGUCUAUCUUUGACGCGGUUUCUGGCGGCGAUGCGCUGCUCGAGUGCGACGCAGGCGACGAAGUGGUGAAUGCGCUGGUCGCAUUCAAGGACCUGGCGACGGGCGCUCCGCGGCUCGCGAGCUGUGCAGACGACAAAAAGGUGCGCGUCUUCGACCCCGUCGCGGGCGGCGAGGCGCUGGUCGUGCUUGAGGGGCAAUAUCACUGGGUGAAUUCCUUGGCAGCCUUCACGGACCCGGCGACGGGCGAGCCGCGGAUCGUGAGCAGGUACUCGUAUUCUGCCCUCCAAGUCUGGAACCCGGCGGCGAGCGGCGCGGCGAUCGAGGCGGAGCCCGAGGGGCACUCUGACGACGUGAGCGCCCUGGUGACCUUUGUGGAUCCGGCGACGGGCGCGCUGCGGGUCGCGACCGGGUCGAAUGAUAUUCGCGUGUGGGACACGGAGACUGGCGAUGUGUUGCUCGUGAUUAAAGAGGGGGCUUCUGCGCUGGCGUUCUUCACGGACCCGGCGACUGGCGCGCCGCGGCUUGCAUGCGCGUCGGGAAAGGUGCUUGUCUUCGACGCGGUCGCGGGAGGCGAGGCGCUGGUCGUGAUCGACGUGCGCGCUGGCGCGCUGGAAGUCUUCACGGAUCCUGCGACGGGCGCGCCGCGGCUCGUUUGUGAUUGUUAUGACGAGAAGGUGGGCGUCUUUGACCCGGUCGCUGGUGGGGAAGCGCUGGUCGUGAUCGACGUUGGCUCCGUGACGGCGCUGGCGACCUUCGCGGACCCGGCGACGGGUGCGCUGCGAAUUGCUUGUGGUUGUAGCAGAGAGGUGCGCAUAUACGACCCGGUUGCGGGCGGCUGGGCAUUGGCCGUACUUGACUGCGCAUAUACGGACUGGGUGCUGGCUUUGACUGUUUUCAAAGACUCGGCGACGGGCGGACUUUGCCUCGCGAGCGGAGAUAGGGACGGUUUCGUGCGGAUCUGGGACUUAGCCGCGGGCGGCGCGGCCGAGGAGUCCGAUGCCGCUGAGGAGGACGAGGACGAGGAGGCCUCGGACGAAGACGAGACCAGGGUUGCCUCGCCGCUGUUCGUGCUCAAGGGACACACGAAUUAUGACGUGAACGCGCUGACGGCCUUCGCGGAUCCGGCGACGGGCGAGAUGCGGCUCGUGAGCGGGUCGAAGGACAAGACUUUGCAGGUGUGGGACGCGAGCAAGGGCGGUGCGGCGCUGCGGGUGAUUCCUUUUGAUGAUGAGAUUAAGACCUUGGCUGUCAGGAGCGACAUGAGCGGAUUCUUUGUCUCUUUUGGGAAGCGGUGGGGGGAAUUGCGCGUCGAGAGCGGCACGACGCCACUCACGCUCGCAUGCUAUCAAGGCGGCAUUGAGGCGAUGCGCGCUCUUCUUCAGCAGGGUGAUAACGUCGAUCAGGAAGAUGAUGACGACUAUACGCCGCUGUUUGUAGCGAGUUUGAAAGGGCACGUCGACGCCGCGCGCUUGCUGCUCGAUGCGGGUGCCGCGGUCGAUAAGAGGCGUGAGGGUGAUUGGUCGCCGUUUGGGAUUGCGUGUGCUCGCGGACACCUCGACGUCGCGACGCUAUUGGUGGAGCGAGGUGCAGCUGUCGAUUUGUGCUUGGAUUGUACGACGCCGUUUUUGUUCGCUUAUCGGAACCGGAAUCUCGACGCGAUGCAGUUAUGUCUCGAGCACGGCGCCGAUCAAAAUUGGACGAACGAAGAGGGUGAUCCAGAUUGGGAGGGUGGUUCGAUUCUGUAUGAUGCGUGUGAAAACGAGCGCUUCGACGCGGCGCGGCUGUUGCUGGAACAUGGCGCUGAUCCGAAUUGUGCAAACGAAAUUGAUCGUACGAUUCUGCAUAUUGCGUGUGAGCACGAUCGCGUCGACGCGGCACGGAUGUUCCUGGAUAAAGGCGCGGAGGUCGACCGGACAGACCAUUACGGCAGGACGCCGCUAUGCAUCGCCUGCGACUAUGGCCACAUCGACGCGGCGCGGCUGCUGCUGGACAACGGCGCGGAGGUCGACUGGGCGGACGAGGGGGACGGCACAACGCUGCUGUUCGUCGCCUGCCAGGAGGGCCACAUCGACGCGGCGCGGCUGCUGCUGGAGAAAGGCGCGGAGGUCAAUCGGGCAACGAAGAAUGGGAACACGCCACUGUCCAUCGCAAAAAGCAAAGGCCACUCGUCCAUCGUCGCGCUCCUCGAGGAGCAGCUUUACCCUCUGCACGCCACCGCCAAGGCAGGCGACGUCGAUGAAAUGAUGAGGCUCCUCGACGACGGCGCAGCGAUCGACCAGACGAAGGAUGACGGCGCAACUUCGCUAUACGUCGCCUGCUCGAACGGCCACGUCGAAUUGGCGAAAAUGUUGCUGGACAAAGGCGCGGAGGUCGACCGGGCGAACAAGGACGGCGCGACGCCUCUGUACAUCGCCUGCUUGAACGGCCACGUUGACGCGGUGCGGCUGUUGCUGGACAAGGGCGCGGAGGUCGAUCGGGCAAAUGAGGGGGGUGUCACGCCGCUGUUGAUCGCCUGCCAUCAGGGCCACGUCGACGCGGUGCGGAUGCUGCUGGACAACGGCGCGGAGGUCGAUCGGGCGACAGAGAAUGGUACGACGCCGCUGCUCGUCGCUUGCCAGAACGGCCACGUUGACGCGGUGCGGCUGUUGCUGGACAAGGGCGCGGAGGUCGAUCGUCCGGCGGAGGACGGUCGGACGCCGCUGUACAUUGCCUGUCAGUGGGGCCGCGUCGACGCGGCGCGGCUGCUGCUGGACAACGGCGCGGAGGUCGAUCGGGCGAAUAAGGACGGCGAGACGCCGCUGUAUAUCGCCUGCCAGAAGGGCCACGUCGACGCGGCGCGGCUGUUGUUAGAUAAAGGCGCGGAGGUCGACCGGGCGACGGAGAACGGCUGGACGCCGCUGAUCAUCGCCUGCCAAAACGGCCACAUCGACGCGGCGCGGCUGUUACUGGACAAAGGCGCGGAUGCCAGUUGUGUGACCAAAAAGGGCACAACGCCACUGGGCAUCGCGCGGAAGAAAGGCCACUCGUCCAUCGUCGCGCUCCUCGAGGAGCAUCAGAAGUAACCACCUCCGGAGCCGCGCCG